UGAAUUCCGUCGUAUUAAUAUUCUCGACCCCCAUUUACAUACGCCUACAUUCUCAGGAUUCAAUGCUGAGCUCGCGUGAUUGUUCCCCAACUGUCAUUCAGCGGUAUUCACAAUGGGCCAGACGCAGUCGGCAACUGCAACUCGUUACCACCCCUCGGCAGUAUCGCUGAGUGAUUUCGAAGACGCAUUUCAACCCAUCGACGCACGCGCCGUCAACCUUGACCACAACAGCCCCAGCCAGCAGCUGGAAUCGAAUCUAUCCUCGCCGGCAGUGACGCCAUUGUUGACCGGCAUCCGCGCCAGCGACUAUGCUCAGGGCCAACAAGAUGCAUAUGGCCGGUUGGUUCAAGGUAGCAUCCACUAUAGCACAAGCGUCCCCCGCCAUGCCUACUCGCAAUGUCGGCCAAACCUGCAUCAAGGUGGACAGCCGCGCCAAGCGCACCGUCGAGAAAUUUCAUUCCUCACGUCAGAUGGAGGAGCCACGGCCAAGUCUGGAUUCCUGCAACGCGGCACACGUCGCCUGUCGUCAGUCUUCAGCGCUGGCUCGGGAUCAAUAGUAACUCGCAGACAAGAGUUGCUAUCUUUCCUCAACCCGGUACCAGUGCAUUCGGAGCAGCGCAAUACCUCGAAGGAUGGCGCGGCGCACGCGAUACAUCAGAUGAAUGGCAAGCGCAAAUUUAUCGGGCCUAUGCGGUCCCGGCCGGGUGCUGCUCAGCAACCCCUUCGCGCCGGCGCUGCUCACGUUCCGCAGGACACGUUUGUAGUGCUUCCACCGCCCUCAUCCACUAGCUGGAUGUUUGCUCACGGCUCACUUCCCAAUGCUGCACAGCAAAAAAUGGCAGAUGUGCACGGCUAUCGAGAACCAACCCUCACUUCUCAGCCUUGCUAUCAUACUCAAGCAGCAGCGUCAAACACCGCACUGGUGCCGUCUCAAGGUCAAAGCGCUGAUAACGCAUGCGGGCAGAAGCGCGAUAGCGAACGACGGUCCCGAAUCGUCCGUCGUCCCAUGAUCCGCAGCCAUAGCCUUCCCAACUCCACAUCUGUGGCGAUGCAAGGUUUCCUUCCUGCGUCUGAUGGCCAAAACGCGCCUGAGCCAUUUUCGCAAGAGGUGAAUGCGCCACCGACAGCCACGCUGUCGAUGAUCACGCCAUGGUCUGUCGCUCGCUCGAGCAUCACACCGAUCCCUGAAGGCGAGGAAGACGAGGAGUUGAGCGAGCGCAGGGGGAGUGUGAACAUGCAGGGGAGCACUAGUGUAUGCAAGAAGGGUGGUGAUAAGGUGACCAGCCCGCGCAUGGGGCCGUGCGUGCUAGCUGCCAAGGAGAAGCACUCAAGCGUAACAAGUAGCUCGGGCGCCAGAAGCAGCGGCAACGGAGACAGCGGUAGCGCUACCGGUAGUGGCAGUGGAGGCUAUACGGGGGCGUGGGUCGACGCUGAUACCUCCGACUCAAGUUCCUACAGCCUUGGAGGGCUAACCCCUUCCUUUUGCCGUGGCAACGUACGCAACGAGCGCAGAGACAGCGCUGAAGGCGGCACGGUGCCAAGUGUCCAAUUUUCUGAUCGUGGUCACACGCCGAACCCCGUGCCUGAGCCGCUGGCGUUUGCGCUAAAGCAGGGACUGGGACAUGUGUACGUCGAUGACGAUCACGACCCAAUGAACCAGCCUGCUCUUCGCUCUCGAACCCGCCCAAAAAGCUGGACGCCCGGUGUUGGCGACUUGGAGCGAUUGCACCAGAUCAGCACGGGCACAACCCAGCCACGAACGCUACCCAUAGGACUGGUGCGCACGGCUAGCUCUGCAUCGGGUGAAGUGUACUAUACACCUGAGCCGGAGACACCGAGCGGGCUCAACAUCGCGUUCCUAGACGCGCAGCGUAACACAAGGCGCAACUCCAGUAGCCUUUUGAAGCUGGGCGAAAAUCAAAUCGAGCGGGAACGCUUCUUCGGCCCACAGAUCAGCUCAUUUCACCCGCGUCCAGCGGCGUCAAGCGCCCACGAAGCAUACGUGCAUCCCAAGGACAAUACCAUCUUUCCCACGACACCCACUUCCAUCUUCGAGCAUGCCGCGCCCAAUUUUUCGCCAGAGAGCACAUUGAAAGCUGCUACCCGCACCCCGAGCCUGCGCCACUCUUCUGGAUCCGGCUCGGUUGCACAAGGCACAAGAGGCCGCAGAAAGGCUGAGGCACUGUCGAAGCGAGAGUCGGUCACCUCUCGUCCGGCAACGCAUUCGCGUUCGAACUCCAUGUCUACCGCACACAUCGAAGUCGAGACGCUCCGAGCUGGUCCGCGCGCACACAUUGUCGACGUCGAGUCAGCUACCGCGUUGUUUGAUCGUAUCAGCGUUGCUGCAUCCAAGCGCAAAAGCCUUGGUCUGUUUAGCCGCUUCAGGCGCGGGCGCAAGGGCCGCAGGAAGCAUACCAUGCGGGGAGGCUCCGAAUCGUCUGUAUCAGCUGCUGCAAUCACCGAGCAGAAAGUCAUUGCUAAAGGCAAGGGUAAGCAAAGCAACAAUGCUUCGCCUGAGCGCCGACACCCGAAACAGCAUGCUGUCCGCAGUGUCAAGCGCACCUCGAUCGUGAGCCUGCGGGCGAAGGCACGGUACAGCGACUCCAGCCUUCGCAACAAGUUAAUACUAGAGAGGCUGUCAACCAUUCAAGGUACACCGGUUGUAAACGAUCGCGCUUCAGUCCCCGAUACAAUGCGUACCGAAACAAAGCUCCAACCUCAAGAAGGUGCUUGGGAGGACGUGGAGGAUCGCACUGCACUCCUCGCGUCACCUGCCGCGAAGUCUCUCGCGCGUCGGUCCGUCGGAUGGGACAGGUCCAAAUCCGAAGGUUCGGAUGCGUCCGCGUCGCCGCCCACUGCUGUAGUCGCGCACAUGAGUCGCACCAAAUCCACGCCCUUCUCAACCACCUUUGGCAGCAGUUCGGAGAAGCUAGGACAGAUCAUCAACAGCUACGACGUCUCUGCUACCAUCCGUGGCUUCGACUCUGUGCCGGUCAGUUCCACGCUUGAGGAUCAGGGAGCAACUAUGGACCAACACACGUAUUUGAAAGCGAGGGAGUUUUCGGAAUGGCAGAGGUACGAGCUUGCUGCCUCGGGCUUCCCUUCCAGCGGAUCGGUGCCCUUUGAGCUUGUGCCACCACGACGCAGGUCGAGUUGCCGGAAGCGGUCCAGCCUGAGUUCGACGUCGGAGUCUUCGCACAGCUCCCCUGUGGCCGCGCAAGUCAGCGCUACCUAUCAAUCGCCCGAAUUCCUCACGCCGGCUUCCAUGAGCGUACAUACUCAACAUGAAGUGCGCAAUUCGAGCCCACACGCCUCAGGGGGAAUGCGAGAAAUCUUGCCCUCGAAUUUGGGCAUUGAUGACGAGCAGGAACGCUUCCGACAGGUGUCUAUGGAGGAAGAUCGAAUCGCUGGUCGUCCCCGGCGACCACUGCCUGUGCCGCAGAUUUGGCCAUUCACGGGAAACAACGCGUCCGGCCACCUUUCCAGUCUUGGAUCCGACUACAAGCACCGAGGCGAUAUGCUCCGAAGCCGCGAGGCCUCCGAAGCAACAGAUGCAAGCGUUGGUGUCAUCAGUGUGAACCCUUCCGAGCCAGUAGACUUGGGAGGCGCGUUGACCGAUCUCGAUCCCAGGAACUCUGGGUCGAACGCGUUUGGGCAUAUCAAGAAAAACAGCGGCGACAGCGCUACGGUUGUCAAUACGGCCGCGCCCGCACGGGCAAUCACCACGACCACAGCUCGAUCCGUCGAUGGCGAAAUCAGCCAUGAAAGCGACCCAUUCGCCAAGACUUUGCUCCACCAAACUCAAGCUGCGGACAGGGCAUCCAGGUCACCCUUGGAAAGAUCGAACGUUCUUCAUCCUUUCGCCAGCCCGACGUUUGGAACACAUCCGCCGGAUCCGCCGCAGGGUCAGCACAGCUUCCGGGGGGAUGUGCGCGGAUCGCGAUUUUCUAGCAAUUCGACAGAUUACCGCAGCCGGAUCACGGAAGUUUAUCUUGAACCUGCAGUGCUCUACUCUCGCGUGUCCCCAACAACAAACCGAAAGUCCCAUGGGCGACACCGAUUCAAGUCUCACCCGGCGGCGCCUCCUGGGCUUUCGGACCUGGACAGUUCAGGUGACACGUUGCCAGAACCUGUCCCGUUCCCAGAAAGGGCCGUGCAGGCCAGCUUGGCCGCACUACACGCCCUGGAACGCAGCGACGACCUUGAUCGUGAAUGGGCCUUUGAACGACUAAUGGGCAUGGCUAGCAGGAGCGGAGGGGAACAGUUCGCGGCUGCACGCCGGAGGCUUGAGCGUCUCCAGGGGAGCAACGACGAUGUCGACCCUCCUACUUUGCAGCACAGUCGACCAAGGAGACGGACUGACCCGUACCGGAGCUCACGCCUUCAUCGCAAAGCAUCCGAAGAUUCUUCCAGCGGCAUAGACGAGACAUUUUCUCGUCACAGCGCUUCACGUGCUCGCCGGCGCGCCGGAGCUGACCGCAGAAUGGUGAAUGCCUCUGGCAUGACUACCGUGUCUCGCCUAAGCUACUACACCGGCUCCGAGUCGGAGGAUGCAGCGCAAAUUCUGCGGCUGCUUUCAUGUGAUCGCUUGAACGCUGGCACUGGCGCAUUCACGGGCACGACUGCCGCCACUGGCGCGAGCUCAUGUCGCUUCCUUCAUGUGCCCGAAGCCCGCAUGCGCAGGCCACGUAUGCCCUCCGAUUGGCAUCGCUCUCUCGCGAUUGACGCUCAAGUGGAGCUGCCGGAUGUUACCGAGCAUUUGAGCAACGUGCCUACAGUUCAAGAGCCGGCGCCCCCUCCGCUCGAUACGGAGCGAGCGGUCGGCAUGACCAGGCAUGUCCCCACGCCAAUAGAAUGGGGCGAGAAUAUCGUCCCAGCGCUUCGCAGCCGUCUCAAUCGUGAGGCAGAGCAGCAAAGCUCGUCGUGGAUGCCUGCACCUGCGCACGACUCACCACCUGUCCGUAAAAGGCUGCAGGUACCACAGCGUACUGCGUCCAGGCAGGCUACGCAGCCGUUGGUACGAGGGUUCGAUCGGGAGUCAUUCCCGACGCCAUCGCUGAGUGGAAUGGACGUGCUCAGUCCACCUCAUCUCUCACGCAGGAGCUCCACACACAGUAAACAGAAGAAAGGCUACGGACUGAACGACAUUAUGGCAUGGCAAGCCUCGCUGGAUGUCGUCCAGGCGUAACUGUAACAACAUAUUCUUCAGCCAACGGCAUACUCUUUUUCGUCUUCGAUCGCGAUUACCGCCUUCUAUUUACCUUUCGCCUUCCCUACAUGCACAAGGCUUGGCUUUCAUUCGAUAAUUUGCGCAUAAUAUGUAAGGUAUGAUGCAUGGUAGAACGCAGCGACAUCCCAUCCCGCCUCGCUCCUCAGGCUUGCGAUCGAGCGCGACUGUGCGAGCGAAUCAGGCCGCGGCCUCCCUCUUUCCACGUUACACGGGGAUUG